AUGGAGUCGUCAAGAAUCUUCGUCAAGAACCUACCGCCGUCCAUCUCCGAGGCUGACUUUCGCAAACACUUCUCGCUUCAGGGACGAGAGGUCACCGAUGUCAAGCUCAUCCCCAACCGCCGCAUCGGGUUUGUUGGUUACAAGUCUCAUGAAGAUGCAAUCAAAGCCGUAAAGUACUUCAACAAGUCCUUUAUUCCCGCCAUCCCAAGAUCAGCCACACAAGCUGCUCAUGUCCCGAGCCGUGAUGCAGCCAAGGCAAGCUCUCUCGUCAAGUCUGACGCAGAGCCAAGCGAGGAUGACCCUAGCUCAAAGAAGAGGAAGCGGGACGUCGUUGACGAGGCUGACCCCAAGCUUCAGGAGUUUCUUGAGGUCAUGGGUCAUCCCACCAAGAAGGCUAAGGACGGAGAAGCCCUAGGGAGUGGCGCAUUUGAGUCAGAAGCGGCCGAUGCUAUCCCCUCGGCUCUCAUCGAGGGUGGUGAGAGUGACGAUGAGUACGAGGACAUCCCAGUGAGGCCCAAACGGCCAAUCGAGGAGGCACCUACCUCGGCUCUACCUGUUGCCACCCCUGUCGCAGCUAUCAUCCCCCCCGCACCAUCCCAACCAGCCGGGGACGCUGCAAGGGAAGUGCCGCAGGUAUCCGCUGAAGCCACUGAUGAUGACUGGCUUCGGUCGAGAACGAACCGUCUGCUGGACCUUGUGGACCCGGAUGACCCCGGGUUUCCCGCACAGUCUGCUGGUGCAAUGCCUGCCACCACUCAAACACCUCUGCCAGAGGCCCAAGUCCAAGAAACACAGGAACCGGGUCUUGCUGCCGGGUCUGCUCGUCUGUUUUUGCGGAAUCUCAGCUACACGGUAACGGAGGACAAUGUGAGGGACCACUUCAGCCAGUUUGGCGAACUUGAAGAGCAUAUGAUGAGAACCUGGGCUCGGUAUUUUAGUAGAUGCUUCGAGAUUCUGAAAAAAGGCCCGAUUGUUGUCCUGCUGUUUCGCCUCUACAAAGGCUUUGCUAUGAUUCGUUAUGCCAGUCCUGAGGCGGCGCUUUCCGCAUUCCAGACAGACGGCACCGUCUUUCAGGGCCGCAUCAUCCACAUCCUUCCCGCUGCUGCCAAAAGGGAGAACAAGCUUGAUGAAUACGCAAUCUCGAAGCUCCCUUUGAAGAAGCAACAGCUGCUCAAGAAGAAGGCUGAAGCUGCCUCCAGUACCUUCAACUGGAAUUCGCUUUUUAUGAGCCAAGAUGCUGUCAACACCGCCGUAGCUGAACGCCUGGGUGUGUCCAAGCAUGAGCUCCUGGACCCCACCGACGCGUCUGCCGCUGUGAAACAGGCAAUCGCUGAGACCACCGUCAUCCAGGAGGCCAAGGCUUACUUUGCAACUCAUGGUGUGAACAUCGAGGCCUUCAAGUCUCAGCAGCGAGGUGACACGUCAAUUCUGGUCAAGAACAUCAAGAACGCCACCAUCGAGGAGAUCAGAACCCUCUUCGAGGAGCAUGGCUCCGUCCUCCGUGUGCUUAUGCCCACAAGCGGGACGAUUGCCAUUGUCCAGUUCGCGCAACCAGCACACUGCAGGGCAGCUUUCGCCAAGAAAGCAUACUCUAGAUUCAAGGACGGCGUGCUGUACCUCGAGAAAGGCCCGAAAGGGCUCUUCGUCGACAAUCUGGCCCAGCCCGCAGAUCGUCCUGCCGGUGUUCAGAAGGUGUCAGCUUCUUACCUGCUGGAACGCGAUGACGGUGAGGAUCAGCCAGAGACGGCCUCUCUAUUCGUCCGCAACCUGAACUUCUCCACCACCACCGAAGGAUUAACAAAUGCGUUCAAGCCCUUGGAUGGAUUUGUGAGUGCGCAGGUGAAGACCAAGACCGAUCCCAAGAAACCAGGUCAGGUGUUGAGCAUGGGCUUUGGCUUCUGCGCCUUCAGGACCAAGGAGCAGGCCCAGGCUGCACGAAAGGCUAUGGAUGGCCAUGUGCUUGACGGACACAAGCUUCUGGUCAAGGCUUCCCACAGGGGUCUGGACGCGGCCGAAGAGAGGAGGCGGGAGGAUCUGGCCAAGAAGGCGAAUGCUCAACGCACAAAGGUGGUCAUCAAGAACCUUCCGUUCGAAGCGUCCAAGAAGGACGUGCGCGCACUCUUCAGCAACUAUGGAAAACUGGUUGCUCUCCGUAUUCCCAAGAAAUUCAACCACUCUUCGCGUGGUUUUGCUUUUGCCGAGUUCUCCACAGGCAAGGAGGCGCUCAACGCGAUCACUGCACUCAAAGACACGCAUUUUCUCGGGAGAAGACUUGUGCUUGACUUUGCUGAAGCUGAGGAGCUUGAUGCCGAGGAACAGAUCGAGGCCAUGGAGAAGAAGAUGCGUGGCCAGAGUGUAAUGAAUAAAAUUAAUGUUGACGGUCACCUCACUGAGGGACGACGGAUGGAAUGUCUCAAAAUCUCAACGGUCCCCCCCCCUUGCCAAGAAGUGUGUUUGCCCCUGUCAACUCUCGUUGAAGAAAACCCCACCCUUGUCUUGACAAACUUGCUUUCCUGUCUCGCACGUUGCUCACAGGCUUGGCCGUUGCGUCUGAUCGAUCUGUUGCUGUGUAGGGCUAAUUUUGUUCUCAUUCCGAAAAUGAGCCCCUUCAUCGGCCUCCCUCCCCGCGGUUUUGAGGGGUGCCGCCAACCGAGAGAGGGCACGGUGCAGGUCAGAUUCGAGCCGUAUGUUUCCACGACGGCCUAG